AUGGGGAAGAUAACCAAGCCCAUGCAACAAAAGCACAAGGAUACCUUGUCUCCUUGGCUAAAAGCUUACGUUGAAACCACCUCAACAGUACCUCUACCCCACUUACCAAAAGAGCUUGCUAGCUUUCCCUCGCGAUGGCCCUUCGGACGUGGCGAUCUGUACCACUGGAUACCCCUUCUGAACCGAUUUGACAGCAUUCUUGAACAUUUUUGCGCCACAUACAAACUGAACGAGGGUCCCCAAGCUCGCGAUUUCGAGUGCGAUGUGUUGCUCAACCAGGACAAAGAAUCUACCUUUGGUAGCGAGAAGCAAUGGUCAGCGAAGGAGUUGACAGACUUGGGCUUCUCAUCAGAUGGAGACAGGCAACUAGUGGAAGUAGUGCUGCGCUUCACUCGCAUGCUAUUGGAGCAUUGCGGUAACAGGAGCAUUUAUGCCAGCAGCGCUUAUCUGAAUGAUCUCCUUCACACCACGUCUUUGAGUGUCCUAAUUGUCACACUCGAAGUUGGUUCAGAGUUAGCCCAGCGGUACCAAGCAUCCGUGAAACGCAUAGCAAAUCCUUCGAGACAGAUCAGCACAGCACUGCUUGCCAACCACUACAAUAUUGAUCUCGACAGAGUCCAGCAGCUUGCCCUGCCCUUUGUCAAGACACCGAUCAUUAACCUAUCGGACCCCGUGCCAUCAAACACACCCGGGUCAGCCAAAGGGAAAGACCGUACGCCAGGAGGAAGUUCCAAGACGGCCAACUCUAUGCACGCGAAUGAUCUAGUCGCUCUUGCGGCGUCGGAUGACAAACGGUGGGUUGGUUGGGGCGAUGUUAAGGUGAUCUAUUAUCCCCAGACCGCCCAGCAGGAGUCCGUCAGCGGCGACGGCAGUCGCGCAUCAAUGCCGUCUACGCCAACACCACUUCGUCGCAGCUCCACGAUGACAACUCAGCACCAGACCCCGAAGAGUCGGAGUAACUUGGACGACUCAUCUCCGCUUGGACCUCGGACACCUGGUAACGCUGAAGAUUCGGUCUCGGCUGGAUCCAAAGUCUUUGAACUACCGCAGUCUGUUGUUUCUUCAACUUCUAUCUAUCGGCUGAUGUCAUCCGUUCCUGCAGACCUUCCCUCGGCUGCGAAGUAUGAGAUUUUUCACAGGAUCAGAACCUCCAAAGCCCUUAUGGGUUCCAACGAGUCACGCCAACAGCUAUUGGCUGUCCGCCUCCUGUCUAUUAACAACCUCGCCUAUAUCCAUAACGAAGCAAGCUUCCUGGAAAAGGUGCUUCGUCAAGACGCAGAUGAAACUCGCAGAUUUCAGCUUGUUUAUCAGCUAGCCGAACUCAUUCACCCUACAGCCCACGGAAACGUUGACGUUCCGUUGUGGCUGCAAGCUGUGGCUCUUGCCUUGCUCGAGGCUAUAUCGAACUUCCAAGCCAGGUGCCAGGAUGUCUUGUCUGCUCUGAAUGCAAAUGUCAACCACGGCAUUUUACUUUAUGUUAUCAGAAAAGCGGUUGCUGGAAUGAAGGAGGAUGACGACAGCGACAAAGGCAACCAGGUCACAGAAAUGGACGAAUGGCGCAACAACCUGUUUUCUCUUACGCUUCACCUUUCCAUGUCCACACGAGUGGGAAGCGAGAUGGUGUCAGCAGGACUUAUGGAAAUUCUAGUCGAAAUCUUGAACAUUAGGUCGGCUGUCGCACAACGAAACCAUUCCAUGGUUCUUGCGUUUCUAGACGGCCUGAUCUGGACCUAUCAAAACGCCUUUACUGCCUUCUUCAAUGCUAAAGGUCUCGAUGCAGUAUCUCAAUUGGUUGUUGAUACUGUCCAGGAAGCGCAGACUUUGCACCAAGCAGGACAAGGUAUUUCAAAGAGUCAACAGUCGGGACAAGUGGACUACGAAAUCCCGUACUACCAACAGCAGACACUCAAAUGGCUUCUCAAGUUUGUUCACCACAUCAUGUCAAACUCGUUCAGCUACGGCGGUAACUACGAUCGUUUACUCCGCAAUCUCGUUGAUAAGUCGGAUCUUCUCGGGAAGUUGCGGGACAUCAUCGAAGACAAGAAGACAUUUGGCUCUGUUGUCUGGACGAACUCUGUUACCAUUCUUGGUGAUUUUAUUAACAACGAUCCUACAAAUUUCCCCGCCAUCUCUGAGUCUGGCAUGAUCAAGACCUACUUGGAAGCUGUCACCAACAGACCACUGCCAAGUGAAGUAUUGACUGAGCAGAAAUCAUCAGACAAAGACGAAGAGGACGAAAACAACUCUACAGGAAACACUGUCAGUUCACUUGUUGCAAAUGAUACACGGCCACAUCCUCCUACAGAGCAAGCACUCCGGGAAUCGUCUCGUGGACCAUUGGCAGCAGGGAUCCUGCCCUCAACAGAUGCCAUUACAGUUGUUCCACAGGUCCUAAGCUCCAUAUCUCUCAACAAUGCGGGUAUGAACCUAGUAGUAGCCUCGCAGGCUUUUGACGGCUUCUUGGAAAUAUUUGAGAGUCCUGCACAUGUACGAUGUAUGGAGCUUGAUGGAGAUCUUGCCAACAACGUUGGAGCGAGUUUCGACGAGCUUGCUCGCCACCACCCAGCCUUGCGACCAGCCAUUGCAAACGCUGUAAUUGACAUGGUUGCCCGCGUGCGUUUCCUCGGAAUUGAAAAAGCGAGAAACGAUGGAUGGGGCGCCCGGCUGUUGCUAGUGGACUCCGAGGGCAAGACUGUAACUGUGGAUGAGAACGGAAAUGUGUCAUCACAAGGCGCGUCUUCUGAGAAGACUCAGAGCCAGGACACAUCUGGUGAUGCAGAUGUGAACAUGUCUGAUGCAGUGCCAUCGAAUGAUGCGGACCCUGAGUCCCGCAAGGAUGAAGAGCCAUCUUCGCCAGACCAAUCAAUUACGCCUUACAUCUAUGCCCUGGGAUACUUCUUGAGCGCUUACAUGUCAAACCAGGGACUCAAGAACAGUUUUGUAGAUGCUGGAGGCCUGGAGUUGUUGCUUGACAUCUGCGAGUCCCCAAGUCUGCCCAUCAACUUUGGCGACACCGUUUCCUCAAGGAUUCUCAACCAAGUUAUCUCUCAGAUCGUGGAUGGUUCCCCAGUUCGCGGUCUUCCUUCUAUCAUCAGGCGAGCUCAGUCGGCGAUCGACACCUUGGAACCUCUCUCUGAUAAAACAGACACGUUGCCUCCGUACUUCGCACCUUUCCUUGCCACCGACCUCAAACUGGCGCAGAACGACCAGGAACCUACAGCGGUUAAGAAUGGUACCAAAAUGAUCAAGGCAUUAUUGAAUGCGCAGACCUUUAUCAAAAUAAUAUCUGACUGCUUUUGUACAACAAGGUCCAAUUCUCUGACAUUCUAUCCUGUCAAUGUCUGGGACUACUACCUCAACCUGGUGAACUCAAUUGGACCUCUCCUCCGUGGAGUCCUUACGGAGGAGGCAGGAGAGCUCAACGUCGUUCCCCAACACUGGUCGUUUAAGCGCCAACCAUCCUCGGAGGGAUCACCCACUGCAAUUGAUUCUGAACACGACGUGGGGGACAGUACUUUGUUACCAGAUAUGCUGGGCAGCACAGGGGUGUUCCAACCAAAGGCGUCUCCGGAUGAGACCAAGCUGAGCCGUCCUACAGAGGAGGAGCAAGCCAGUCCUCGCUACCAGAAUUACGAGACGCUCCGGCAUCUAUUGCACCCUAUGAUCCCAACAACUUUCCCUCUUUUCCAAACGCUCGGAAAGUCCUUACUCCCCCGCCGGGAGCGAGACCCUCGUGAUAGUUAUCAACGCCCGCGUCACUUGGAGAUUGCCAGAGCCCUUGCAAAUGCAAUUCUCAGCCAGCUGAGGCCAUCAGUUGCCACUGUGGAACCCACUCACAAGGAUUUCCAUUUCUGGAUCAUCAUGCUACAUACUAUUAGUGAAAUGGUGAUUGAUCAGCCCAAUCACCGAUCAAGCGAUCGUUCAGGCGUAAAUAUCAUCUUGCCCGUCCUCAUCGCUUUUAAAGAAGAAGGCGGAAUGGAUGUUUUGAACUCAAUGCUCAGGAUAUUUGCCGAAGCAGUUCGCAAUGGUCGGGGCGUCGCUGCGGAUGGAGCUUCCGGAUCCAAGGUCGCCGCCUUCGGGCUCAAGAAGGUACUGGAACUGGUUCUAGUAUUGGUUAAUGGCAAGCCACUCACUGACGCCCAACAAUCAUUCGGCCUGCUGCCUCGCUCUGCAGAUAGGUCUUCGCAUCCCACCCAACAGCUUGUGGUAGAGUUCAGAGCCUCCGUUCUUCCUGAAAUUACCAAGCUCUGGGAUUCCGAGUUCGUGGAAAAAGUACCACAUCAAACCGCGACAUGCUUGAUUGACAUCCUCAAGUUGAUCGCCACUGGUGAACACGAACCUUCAACAUCAAGGGGCAGGCCUGUUUUCCAGCUGUUUAAUUACACAGACGUUCGAUUUGAUUGGCGCUCUCAUCGCGGCGCCAUUGAGGAGUUGCGCACUAAAGGAUACGAGACCGACCUAAUUCACGAAGCGAUAUUCCGAGCUAACGGAAGCGUGGCUGCUGCAGAGAUGUAUUGCUCAGCUCAUCGAGCUGGUCUCGCCGGCGCCCGCAACCCGAUUCCACCUAUGGACUCUGACACUUCUGUUUUGCAGGAGACCCCGCAAGAAACCUCAGGCGCCAACGACACAGAAGGCACAAACGCAGCCAGCAGCGCGGAAACAGACCGCAUGUCCCUUGAUGGGCCACCAGAAAUUGCUACUCCAGACCUCGCGGAUAGAUUCCUCGGAGAAGCACUAGGCGAAAUCAUUGAUCCACCUCAAACUACAGAUGAUACUCGCGAAUCCCAAAAUGUGACGAAUGAAACACCAGCGAAUGUUUUGGAAGAACCUCACAAGAAGGAGAAAGAGCCUUCUCGGGCUGCUACACGGGAAGAUGUUGAUAAGUUUAGAGCUGAGCUGCGUGCGAACCUGAUUGACAGGUGUCUUGAUGUUGUUCGUGCUCAUCCUGAAACCGCCAUUGAGGUUUCUGAGCUCAUUCGAAUAACUAUCAAGCAACAACCUAAUGAUAACGACGACGAGGUUGGCCAAACCCUGACUUUGGCACUGUCUUCACUGGCCCAAAACGAGGAGGAUGAAAAGAAACGCAAUGGGAAGUGUAUAGCUGCUUAUGCCCAUCUGCUAGCAUUGCUCUUGCAGGACGAGCGCUUCUUUAUCAACAAUGUGGCGAGCCUUGAGGAUCAUAUUGAUGAGUACAUCGGCUUCUUGAAGGUUUCGUCUUCGACCUCGACUGAGGAGAUGCCACCUUGGAUUCCUUACAUCCUUCUUGUCAUCGAGACACUUCUUCGACAUGACGAGCGCCCUGUUGCCGCACAGUGGAAAGCACCAAAAUCUGAGGAUGAACCUGUUUCAGAACCCGUCAUUCAACUGCAAACUCUAACUAUUGGUGAGAACCAGCGAGCAAAUGUUUUGGAAUUCGUGCUCGAAAUGCUUCCCCGCAUUGGAAAAGAAGAAACCCUCGCUGUUGCUGCGCUCCGAAUUCUAGUCAUCUUAACCCGCAAUCGACGCCUCGCCAAGGUGGUUGGGGACAAGAAGAACCUGCAACGGCUGUUUCUUAUGACAAAACAACUGUCGGGUUCUGGCUCCGAGAGGUUCAAGCAAAGCAAGCUUACUGCUCACAUCAUGACUAUUCUGCGCCACAUUAUCGAAGAUGAAGAGACUAUCAAACAGAUCAUGCGUGCUGAGAUCAAGAUCGGCUACCCCACACUGCACAGAACGCAGCGUGGCCCCCCUGAUGUCCAGAAUUAUUUACGGCAGAUGACACCGAUUGCUCUCCGUGCUCCAGACCUCUUUGUUGAAGUCACGAACGAGAUGCUCCGCUUUACAAGAUGGGCACCAUCUUCGAAUGAUAGCUCUCGGACCCAAUCCCUUGUGUUGAAGGAUGAAUCAACUGAAACGAGCACUGAUAAAGUCAAUGACAACGCGGAGAACGGGACAGAACAAGGCAUCAAACCGUCCACAGAGCUUGUAGAUAAGGAGAUGGUGGAUGCACCAAAGCCACACGAGAGCAAGAGGCCUGUUGUCGAAAAUCCUGAUGGCGUCAUUCACUACCUUCUCUGCGAGUUGCUCAACUAUCGCGAGGUCGAUGAUAGGGAAGUGCCAGUGGCUGAGAAGGACCCCAAGCCCGAUCCUGUGUCUAACCCCGAAGACACUUCUUCCUCUCCCAAAGAUAACAAUGCAAUUGACGCAAAGGACAAGAAGCCAACGAAACCUGUUUUCAAGUCCGAGGAGCACCCUAUAUUUGUCUAUCGCUGCUUCUUACUCAAUUGUCUAGCUGAGCUUUUGCAAAGCUACAACCGAACCAAGAUGGAAUUCAUUAAUUUCAAGCGAAAUGCUCCUUUAACUACAAGCACGCCAAUCAAACCUCGUUCAUCAGUUCUUAACUACCUGAUCUAUGAUUUACUCUGCCAGGGCAACUUGAGUGGAACAGCUGACAGCAUCGCCGGUAAGAAGAAAGCCGCAACUUCGGCACAGACUCAGAAGGUCUUGGUUGCACUCGUCUCCAAGACAACUGAGAAGGCAAUUGACCGCGGAAAAGACAAGUUUGCAUAUGAGGACGAACCAGACCUCUUGUUUGCACGCAAAUUUGUUCUCGAUACCAUGCUCAAGGCUUACGAAAGAGCACCCUUGUCUGAUGAACCCUUGGAAACAAGAUACUCGCGCAUGCAGUGUCUGGCCGAGCUUAUGAACCACAUGGUUGGCGAGAAGGAUAAGGACCAUGCAGGUCCUGGGCGAGCUGAUAACGUGCUGGCUCGAUCACAUGCCCAGCUACGGAGAUUAAUGUAUGAGAAGGGCUAUCUCGAAAAACUGACAUCAUCCAUCGCCGAAAUCAACCUCAAUUACCCAGGCGUCAAACGUGCCAUCAAGUACAUCCUACGCGUGCUACGGGUCCUUACCGAGACGGCUAAAGAGCUGAGUCAUUCAAAUAUCCUCCUGCCUACAGAUUCUUUGUCCGACACGGCCGAUGACGAUCUCGGUUCAACCUCCUCACUCUCUGACCUCGACGACCGCGAAGAGACUCCCGAUCUGUAUCGUAACUCUGCACUUGGAAUGCUGGAGCCUCGUGGUGAAGACGAUGAGUCUGAUGACGACCAAGAGGACGACGACGACGAGGAUAUGUAUGGGGAUGAUUAUGACGACGAGAUGGAAUACGGAGAUGAUGACAUCUCGGAUGAAGAAAAUAUCAGUGAUGACGAUGAAGAACUCGGUGACAUGGGCCAAAUCGAAGGCCUCCACGGCGAACCAGGCGUCGUUGAAGUUAUAAUGGACGAAGACGAUGACGAAGACGACAGUGAUGAAGAAAUCGACGACGAUGACGAAGUGGGGUCGGCGGAUAUGGAGGAUGUGGAAGAUCAGGUGGAAAUCGUUGACGAAGACGGAAAUCCUCUUGAUGACGAUGGCAACUCGGAUUGGGAGAGCGCCAGCCACGACGAUGACGAUGAAGACCAGGAGGAGGACGACCUGGAAUAUGAUGGACAUGUUCACGAAGAGCAUAUGCACAUGCCAGGAGAUAUUCUCGACGGCAUGGCUCGUGCCAUUAUGGGAGACGGCGACAUUUACGAUCCUGAUAUGAUGGUGGAAGAUCACUAUCUCGACGAGGGCCAUGAUGAGGAUGAGGACGAGGACGAGGAGGACGAGAUGGAAGAUGACGAAUAUUUUUACGACGAUGAAUAUGCUAUGGACGAUCAACCUCAGCCAAUGCCAGCUCUCGGCUGGGACGGCCUCGCAGGCGAGGAUGAUGAACGGCGACAAAUGUUCAUGAUGGAUAAUAGUCAUCACCGUCGGCGCCUUAUUGCUUCACGAAGUGACAAUCGCGGUGCUUUCCCGCCAAGCUUCAUAGUUGGUAACCGUGAAAUGGCCGGGGACUUCCGCAACUUCUUUUCACGCAACCAACAGAACAGGCCUCAAAAUAAUGCUGAUGAUGGCACUAACCCACUUCUGAGACGUGGUGAUCAGAACCGGGAUAACCCCCAGCGCCCCGGACCUCACCAAUCCUUCGGCUUGCGAGUUCCCGAAGCCAUUUUCGGUCCAGGUGGUCGAAACCCAGAUGGACCCAUGGGUUUCUUGAGUGAGAUAAUGGAGUUCCUUCCAAUUAUGGGACGAAAUGGACAGCAUGCGUUCCACCUCCAAAUCACUGGUCCAACCGGCCAUCGCGAGUCUAGAGAACUUGGUGCUAUUCGGACCUCUCGCACUGAUCAAAGACGUGAGGGUCUAGGCCAGGAUCCAUCCCAAGCUGUUUCUUUUGUCAUCGAGGGCACAAUGGACCGCUACCAAGAAGAAGCCAGGAUGAUCUUCGGCGCGAACGCUACGGCAGAAGCAUCUAAACUUGGGAAUAUCAUUAUGGCCAAACUAACGCCUGCCGCGAUGGAAUUGGAGAGGAAGUUAAAGGCCGAAGAGGCAGAACAACAAAAGCGUGAAGAAGAGGAACGGAGGAAGCGCGAAGAGGAGCAACGCCUAGCGCGCGAGGCAAGGGAAGUCGAAGAGAAGGCGGAGAGAGAGAAGCAAGAGGCCGAAGCGCGUGAGGCCGCCGAACGCGCAGCGUCUGAAGCUGCCGCUGUGAGCCAAGACGCUCCCGCCCAGGCUGAAGGCGCUGGGGGCGCAAUGGAAGGCGUUGAGCCAACUGAACAAAGGGACGCAGAUCGUCCUGACCCUGCCACGCAGAGCGAUGGUCCUCGUGUUAUGACCACGAUUAGAGGCGAAGAAGUCGACGUCACUGAACUAGGUAUCGAUCCUGAUUACAUCGCAGCUUUGCCUGAGGAGUUCCGUGAGGAGGUCAUCGCUCAGGCAAUCAGCACGCGCAGAUCCGAGGCCCGGGAGGAGACAAAUGGAAAUUCGACCGAAGCCUUCCAGGAGUUUCUGGAUGCCCUUCCCGAAGAGUUACGCAUGGAGAUUGCUCAGCAGGAGCGUCAGGAGCAGCGUCGCCGUGCCCGCGAAGAAAGCAACCGUCAAGCCUCUGCAGGUGCUGGUCAAGCCGUCGUUCCAGAAAUGGACACUGCCAGUAUCCUUCUGACAUUCCCUCCCGAGCUUAGACAGCAGGUUCUGAUGGAUCAAGGUGAAGAACUGAUGGAUCAACUUACUCCAGCGAUGGCAGCGGAGGCCCGAGCUUUAGCCCAGCAGCAUAAUGUCCAUCCGGCCGUUGUUGGCCGCAGCCCUCCUGUUGUUAACUCAGCUCGCCAGACUGGACCGCCAGUACCUCCUGAAGGGACAAAGGUACAGCGUCGCACAGUUGUUCAGAUGCUCGAUAAGGCUGGGGUCGCCACGCUGCUGCGUUUGAUGUUUAUUACCCAGCAGGGUUCAAUUCGAAACCAUCUGUUCAACGUCUUCGCUGAUGUAUGCGAGAACAAGCAGACCCGCCUCGAGGUGAUCAGCACCCUCCUCCAGAUUUUGCAAGAUGGCAGCACAGAUAUGGGUGCUGUAGAGCGCAGCUUCGGUCAACUGUCUCUAAAAGCACGAAGACCUAAGGACAAGGGUCAGGAGUCUGAGCAGAAGACCCCUCAGCCUCUCAAGAGAAGUCUGACUGGUCUAUCUGUCGGCAAUACUACGCAGACAAACUCAGAAACCUCGCCUCUUCUGAUUGUCCAGCAGUGUCUGGAUCUGUUGGUGGAGCUAUCUGCUAAGAAUCCUCAUAUUCAAUGGCUUUUUCUGACAGAGCACGAAGCCGUCGGCUCUAAUUUGAAGCGAUCCUUGAGCCGCAAAGGCAAGGGUAAGGACUCGAAGUCACACAAGUACGCCAUCAACUCGUUGCUAUCGCUACUCGACCGCGAUUUAGUUAUGGAAAGCUCUGUUGUCAUGACUCAUUUGGCUGAUCUUCUAAACCGAGUGACGCUACCUCUCCAAAACUUGGAGCGGCGGCGAAAGGAGGCUGAGGAUGAACUGGAAGCCAUUGAUACCAAGUCAGAAGAGCCUGUUACAGCAGCAAAUACCGCUGGACAGCCCUCAGGUACAGAGACAACGGAGACAAGCACUGCUGACGAACUCAACACUGCCAAAGAGGAGGGCAAAGAGAAUAUCCCUACCGGUGACGCUGAAAAGAGACAAGCGAAGAGAGACUCGAUCCAAAAGAAACUCCGACAGCUUCAGCCGCCUGUGGUUCCUGCCCAGAACUUGACCUUGGCCGUGAGAAUUUUUGUAGCUCGAGAGUGCAGCUCCAAGACCUUCCAGAACACUAUCUCAACAAUCAAAAACCUUUCAGCCAUCCCAGGGGCCAAGGCAACGUUCGGACAGGAGCUCGUUCACCAGGCUAGGCUCUUGAGUGAGAAUAUCGUGGCUGAUCUGGAUGACCUUUUGCCCCAUAUCGAAAAGGCAUCUUCAGGCACUGAGAUUCAAGGCGUUGCUCUUGCCAAGUUCUCACCAGGGGCAUCCGAGCAAAACAAGCUUCUGCGCGUUUUGACCGCUUUGGAUCACCUCUUUGACACCAAGAAGAAAGCCGACGAAGCCGAGUCCAACAAGAACAAGGACGAGAGACACGAUCUGGUCACAUCGCUUUACCACAACUCGACAUUUUCUGCGAUGUGGGAUAAGCUGAGCGCUUGUCUUCUUGCUAUUCGUCAACGUGAAAAUAUGCUCAACGUGGCGACAAUUUUAUUGCCAUUGAUUGAGUCUCUAAUGGUGGUUUGCAAGAACACCACUACGAACGACGACCCCCAGCAAAAAGAUAUGGUCCUGUCAAGCCCACCACCCGAGUCUCGUACGGCUAGUCUCUUCUUUAGCUUUACCGAGGACCACCGCCGCAUUCUCAAUGAGCUUGUUAGGAGUAAUCCCAAGCUCAUGUCAGGUACAUUCGCCUUGCUCGUCAAGAACCCCAAGGUACUGGAGUUUGAUAACAAGCGCAACUACUUCAACCGUAGUGUUCACUCACGAUCCGGUAACAGCCAGAGCCGGCCAGCAUAUCCCGCCUUACAACUGUCUGUCCGCCGUGAGCAUGUUUUCCAUGACUCUUUCAAGCACUUGUACUUCAAAUCAGGCGAUGAGAUGAAGUUCGGCAAGCUCAACAUCCGAUUCCAUGGAGAGGAAGGUGUCGAUGCUGGUGGUGUCACUCGCGAGUGGUUCCAGGUACUGUCACGACAAAUGUUUGACCCUAAUUACGUGCUUUUCACGCCUGUGUCCUCAGAUCGAACCACCUUCCACCCGAACAAACUUAGCGGUAUCAACGAUGAGCAUUUGUUGUUCUUCAAGUUCAUCGGCCGCAUUAUCGGAAAGGCAUUGUAUGAAGGUCGCGUCCUUGACUGCUACUUUAGCCGUGCUCUGUAUAAGCGAAUCCUGGGCAAAUCUGUUUCAGUCAAGGAUAUGGAGUCCUUCGACCCUGACUAUUACAAGUCUCUGUGCUGGAUGCUGAACAACGACAUCACAGACAUCAUCACCGAGACCUUCUCAGUUGAGGAUGAUGAAUUUGGUGUUACCAACGUUGUAGACCUUAUCCCUAACGGCCGAGAAAUUGCAGUCACUGAAGAGAACAAGCACGACUAUGUUCGUUUGGUGGUUGAGCACAAGCUAUUAUCCUCGGUCAAGGAGCAAAUGGCGCAUUUCCUUCAAGGCUUCCACGACAUUAUCCCAGCGGAAUUGAUCUCUAUCUUCAACGAGCAAGAGCUAGAGCUCUUGAUUUCCGGUCUGCCAGAUAUUGAUAUUGAUGAUUGGAAGAGUAACACUGAGUAUCACAACUAUACUCCAUCAUCACAGCAAAUCCAGUGGUUCUGGCGAGCUCUAAGAUCCUUCGACAAGGAAGAACGUGCGAAAAUGCUGCAAUUCGUCACUGGAACCAGCAAGGUUCCCCUCAACGGCUUCAAGGAGCUUGAGGGUAUGAACGGUGUUAACCGAUUCAACAUCCAUCGCGACUAUGGCAACAAAAACCGACUACCCUCUUCGCACACCUGUUUCAAUCAACUUGACCUUCCUGAAUAUGAGAGCUACGAUCACCUGCGCUCUCAAGUUAUGAAGGCCAUCACAGCAGGAAGCGAAUACUUCGGCUUCGCGUAA